GUCUUCACAGUGUGUGUAUAGGCCAAUCAGGUAGUAGGUAACUAUUGGUUCAUCCACAGCAAAAGAAUGCAAAAGAUGUGUUCACAUUACUGUCAUGUGCAGAGCGCAGUCACUAUGGCUCAGCUCACAGUGGGCUGCAAAACUCUAUUUCCAUGCCACGAGUAGUGCUCGUCGCGCAAUGCUUCGUCUUCACGGUUUUCAAUGUGGAAUGCUUGGAGAAUGGACGGCGCCGGGAUGCCCUCGCAAGUAUUGGUGGGAAGGCAGAUGUCCACAUCGAGAGGACAGGGCAAGCGCAACCUUGGCAAAAAAGGAAAGCUCCUUCUCUUCUCAAAGGAAAGCGAAGACCGGACUGCGAUGGCACUCCGAACUUGAACCUCAUCCAUCUAUUGAGACGUAGCAGGCAGAAUGCUAGCGUAGAAGAGACACCCUUCAGCUACAUGCGAGUCGACCAUCACGAGCAUCAGGUGGGUUUGACUCUCUUUGAUAUGCAGCAUGAUCCAAGUGCCGUGCAGACAAUCCUGGAUGAGGACGCAAAUGCACUCUUGCAACCUUUCCUGCAAGAUGUUCAGACGUGGAGAGAAGCAUGUGCACGAGGAAAUUUAUCAGCCGAGAAAAUCCUUUUGGCUUUGCCGCCAGGUUCAAAGCACGCAAAGGGUUCCGUGUGGGAUGAUAUGGCCAGGGAAUUCGCUGCAUUUAUCACGCGGAAAGUCUUGCGAAAGCCACCCGAAGACAUUCAGAUUUGGCAGCCAUCCAGAGACCUUGACCCAGUUUCCGGUUUACUUGCCAAUGACAGCCAGGUACGUUGCUUUCAGACUGUUGCAGUGCUCACUGGUGAGCCAUGGGACUAUGCCUGGGCUCAGCCCUUUCGCUGCAACACGCAUGAGGGCCGUCUUGUACUGCGAUUUGUGGAGAAUUUCCGGCAGAAUCACCUUGUACAGAGUGGAAGAGCAACGCGGGCAACAGCACAGGUUUGCCUCUCAAGCAAUGCUCUUCAUGAGAACCAACUCAAGCUCCUGGAACUUUGCGAACUCGGCGGGCGACCGGUGCAGAUUCAGGUUGCAAGCAGAGCUGCAGACGUGGCUCUUUGUGAUGCCCUCUUUGUUCUACCUGAUACUAUGCCAAGUGGAGCGGAGCUUUGGCUUAAACCUUCCAGUUCUUUGGUUGAGAUUCUGCCGAAUUCCAGAGAGCCCACAAGGCCUUUCAUUGAAAAUGUGGCACUUCUCACCGGUGCCAAACGCUUUACUCUUGGUAGCUCUUCAACACAGGUGCUCAAGGAGAAGGACCUCAUUGAUGCUGCUGGGAAAGCCAUUUUGGCGUUGAAUCGCGCAACUGCGGAUGCUGUGGAUGGGGCAUUGGAUGCUAACGUUGCUGGGGUCGGGGAGUUGGAAGGCUGCGAGGAGUUCUAUCAUCCCAAAGACGGCUGGAUGGAUGGCUGGCGAGAAGUUGCGCGAAGCGCAAAGCUGGCGAAAGGGCGCAAGCCUGGACUCGCUGCGAAGGCCAAACAAAAGGUGGAAGCUCAGACGGGCGUUGAAGACCGUACCCCAGGCUGAACCGAUGACACAGAGGACGAGCUUGGGGAUCCUGAUGCAGUAGCAACCAAGGUGCAGCCUUUUCAAGAGUAUGUAACAGAGUUUCUUUUCCAGAACACGUUCGACAUGGUACUGGUCUUCAGCUGGAUUCUCAAGACGAUGACAAUUCGGAGGUUGGAAGUUCUGGUGAUUCUGAGCAUGCAGCAUGAGCAUCAAUGAAGGACCCUCAUGGUGCUGAGCUGAACAUUGCGAACUCACUUGACAUCUCCUCUUGCUGUCAUUGAUCCCUUAGCGGAAAGGGGAUAUAUAAUUUAAACCGAUCUAUUGUUGGGCCUCCCGGUUGAUGUAAGCACCAAGGGAUGUUGAGGGUAUGGACAAUCACCUCACAGGCAACAAAAAGUCGCUUGCGCUUGAGGAUUUCCUCAGUCUCGCUUGACAUGCCUGACACAUACCCCUCGAU